AAUCUUUGCACGCCAUCUACGUGUCAUGCAAAUGACGCCCAAGUGGAACAGGCCCAAAGUAAUAAAGUUUUCGAGCUUGCAAACAAUGGGGGAGUACAGAAAGAGACUGGGAAUAACCAUUUGUACUUUGAACAUGCAUGUGAAGCUUUGGAGCGUAGGAAGGAACUGUAGAUGCUGUUUUAAAACGGAUAGACACAAAAAGCUGCAGUAACUCGCCGGGCCAGGCAGCAUCCCUGGAGAAAAGGAAUAGGUGAUGUUUCGGGUCGUGACAGGGGAAAGGGAAACAAGAGACAUAGACAUUGCUUGUAUUUCCUACCUGUGACGUUGACAUUUAAUCAAAUCUAAACUUAAUCUUACAUAAUGUAAAAAACAUUUACAUAAUGUCUGCCAAAAUGUUAAUGUUAUGCAUUGGAAGUUCUGUCAUGCCUUGAAAAUAUGUAUCUGAGAAAAUAGACAGCCUGUCAUUUUCUACUGUUUUCACAGAGGCUUACAGAAAAUACUUUUUGAUUGAUUCAAGGAUGCUCCCAUUUUAUCGAUAUGGAUUUUAAGGAAACACCAAUUUAUACAUUUAUUCUUGAGGAUAGUGACUACCUUUACCAAGCAUUUAUAAAAACAGAAAAUACUGAACAUACUCAGCAGGCCAAUGUUCUUUCAUUAUAACUGUAGAAAGUUUUAAGAUGCGGAGAAGAAUAGUGAAGAGAGGGGAAAUAUGGACAAUUGCUCAGUCUGAAUAAAAAUCAGAGGUUGCUUUAGAGAUACAGCAUGGAAUAGUGCCCUUUGGCCCACCAAGGCCACGCCAACCUUCAAUCACCCAUUCAUGCAGAUAUAUGUUAUCCCACUUUUGCAUUAACCUAUAAACUUGCAUGUCUUUGGGAUAUGGGAGGAAUCUGGAGCACCUGGAGAAGCCCACAUAGUUGCAGGGAGAACUUGCAAACUCCACACAAACAGCACCCGAGGUCACGGUCAAACCUGUGUCUCUGGUGCUGUGAGGCAGCAGCUUUACCAGCUGCACCAUUGUGCCACCCUGUGUUCAGUUUCCCAGCAUCUGCAGUUUCUUCCUUUAUUUCCUUCUUGUGAACAAUGACAUGGGUGGUCCCCACGACAAUAAGAAUGUAGACUCAGGGGUCCAAAGUGGGGUCCCAACCUGAAACAUUGCCUAUCCGUGCCCUCCAGAGAUGCUGCCUGACCCGCUGUGUUACUCCAGCACUUUGUGUGUUUUUGAUGUAAAAACAUAUUAACUGGUAUAUGAUAAUUUCACCUGAAUACUGCCUAACAAAGAUGUUUGAAGCAUUAAAGCUUAAAAAACUCAAAGUAACCACAUCUGAAAUCAUAUCCCUUUAGAAAUGCAGAUAAGUCUAAUCUUUUAAAGGCAUCCAAAUUGAUUAGCCGAGCUUUGACUAACAGGUCUAAAUUGUUGCUUUUAUUGGCUCAUCAUGAGAAAUAAUCCAUGAUCAAUCUAUUUGGAUAGAAUUCAGCGACAUGCUUUAAUUGUACUCAUCACAUUCACUGGUGCUUUCCCUUAAAUUCUAUGCAGCACAGCACUGAUACAUGCACUCGACUGACCAGAUUCACUUACAGUAAUGGGUUAAGAAUGGCAAAAUCUAUGCUACAGUUGUGUCUGAGGAGGUUAAUGCAACAUUUUGAGCAGCCAGCUUAAACCUGGAUCAGGGUUAAUGCAAGUGAGGCAUACAUGGUUGCUUUAUUUUAGAAGGCUUGGUUAGUUGUUAUACGUGAUGAGUGUAAGCACUAAAACCAAUAUAAACGUCUCUGCACACACGAUAAUACAGGCUUCCCCUCCUGUGCUCUGCUGUUCGGCAAGCUCCCAGUCAGACACCACUGGAAGCUGCUGUUGUAAUUCCCUCAACUGGAUGAUGUAUUUAGCCCGAAACUCCACACAGACGAACACCAGAUGCAACAGAUCAAUGAGUGCUUGCUAAUGUCAUUCGCUCUCGGCGUCAAGUACUGACUGUUUCUUUGGUUUAUUUUAUGUUUUUGAUGAAUUUAUUUCCUUUCAACAUUCUGUAAAGUUAAUCGGCAUGCAAAUUGCAUAUACUACCUUUUUUUUAAACAAUUUGCAUCAGAGCUGCUUUUUGCUUGAAGGCUCUGGAAAGCUUGGGAUAGCAAUAUAACUAAUGUGCUCAUUGUGAGUCUGUGGAGCCUUCUGCUGUUGCCGCUGCCGCUGCUGCUGCUGCUGUUUCACUUGCAGAUUGUCUCUCCUCACUCCCUCCUUAUCUGUUUGCUCUCUCUCUCCCUCGCUCUCUUUCUCUCUCAGUCAGCAAUCCAUUCUCACUGUCCGAGGAUCCUGGAAUCACAUUGAGAGCGUCAGGAAAGUGCCCAGAGGUGGUUGGAGUCCAGCAAUAAACACCACAAUAAGAAAAAAAAAGAAAAGCCAAGCAAUCAAUUUAAGGAUUUGUUCUCUUAUAAAUCAUCUCUACAAGGCUGACAUCCCUGUGGACAUUGAGCAGAGCAUUUUCUCAAGCUACCGGACUGCAGACUGCUUCGUGGUUUUAAGUAUUUCAUCAGGAACAUUGUCAGCUGGAGAAUCUUUGAUACGAUUGGUGGGAUCCUUCAUCCCUCCCACACUAUCUUUCCAUCCCCGCUGCUUCCAAACAGACGAAGGCUUUUUGAUGGUGCUGUGGAAGUCAAAGGCAAGAGUUUUGCUUCUAUCUGUUGUGAAAGAUUUUCAUGUUCUGCUCCCCACACAAAGGGCCAGCUAGACCAGCCAAAAUCAGGGUUAAAAAGGAGGAAAAAAACAACUGCUUUAUGAAACUGACGCUCUAAGUGCACUGAGCAGCUGGAAGAGAGGUGAACUCACACACAUACAAAUAAAUAGAUGGAGGAGAAAGAGAACAGCACAGGCAGUGAGGGGAGUCUGCAGCCGUCCACAAUCCAUGUCUUUGCCAACACGUCAUCCCUUCACGGAAUCAGACACAUAUUUGUCUAUGGGCCCAUGACCAUGCGUCGCUUCAUGUGGACUGUGGUGUUUAUGGGAUCCCUGGGCCUACUCGUGGUCGAAUGCGCGGAACGCGUGGCCUUUUACUUCUCGUACCCGCACGUCGCCAAGCUGGAAGAGGUGGCCGCCAACAACCUGGUCUUUCCUGCCGUGACUGUCUGCAACUUGAACGAGUUUCGCUUUUCGAAGCUGACGGCCAAUGAUCUCUACCACGCUGGCGAGCUCCUGGGUCUGCUCAACGUCCACCUGGAGAUCCAGAGCCCCCAGCUGGCUGAUCCCCUUGUGCUGAAAGUUCUCAAGAAGAAAGCUGAUUUCAAGCAUUACAAGCCAAGGGUAUUCAAUAUGCAUGAGUUUUAUGACCGCGUUGGGCAUAGUCUCAAGGAUAUGAUGCUGUACUGCAAGUUCCGGGGAGUGCAAUGUACUCACAAGGACUUCAAAACUCCACAAAAAUUGUUCAAAUCAAUCCUUCUGCAUCAAACAUUUAAUUCUGAUGCCAGUAUCCAAAAUCUAACCAAAACAGAUCGAUUCAUUUACGACUGGUUUGAACUGAGCCUAAAGUACAAUUUUGCAAUCUGGGACGGGCUCUUGUUCUUAAAAUGUAAGGACUGCUUGCUGUCAAAGAGAAAUCAAAAGAUGGAUUGUCAUCUAAAUGGAGGGAGACUGCAAAUGAGUGACGUUGAAGAGAUUCGAGAUGCUCUUGUGCCCGGACCACAAAAAGUUAACAGGAAUCGUGGGAAGACACAGCUCUACAUCUUACUCUGGCUGCCUGUACUUUUCGAGCUAAGUGAAACCUACCCAAUCCGUAUUAAGGUUGGCGGAGAGAAAAAUAAAUGCAGGAAUGCAGUCUCAUUAAAUGAAGAAAUGGACACCAGCGAUCCUUCACUCCCACAGAACUAG